AGUGCCGCUGCCCCCCGAGCUGCAGGAGGGCGGGGAGGAGGCGGCAGCGGCCCGGCAAUGGGAGCGGAGCACAGCGCGGAGGCCGAGAGCCGCGCGGGCGAGUCUAGCACCUCAGCAUCUCCAUCACCAGCCAAGCAGCGAGCAAAAAUGGAUGACAUUGUGGUGGUAGCCCCAGGGACACAGCCCUCCCGGAAUGUCAGCAAUGAUCCCGAUGUCAUAAAACUGCAGGAAAUUCCAACUUUCCAGCCCCUUUUGAAAGGACUUCUCAGUGGGCAGACCUCUCCGACCAACACCAAACUGGAAAAGCUGGACCCCCAGCAGGUGCUUCAGCUGUGUCUCCGGUACCAGGAUCAUCUUCACCAGUGUGCAGAAGCUGUUGCCUUUGAUCAGAAUGCACUUGUGAAGCGGAUCAAAGAGAUGGACUGCUCCGUGGAAACCCUUUAUGGCUUCAUGCAGGAGCGCCAGAAGAAGUAUGCCAAGUAUGCAGAGCAGAUCCAGAAGGUCAACGAAAUGUCUGCCAUCCUCCGCCGUAUACAGAUGGGCAUCGACCAGACGAUCCCACUGAUGGAGCGGCUGAAUAGCAUGCUGCCGGAGAGCGAGAGGCUGGAGCCCUUCAGCAUGAAACCUGACCGGGAGCUGAAGUCUUAGCUGAUCCGUCAGGCUCCCAUUGUCCUCCUCACCUUCAGGCUCCAGUGUUCAGCACAGGCACACUUCAACGGGCUGGAUGGCAGAUGUUUGGGGUGCAUGACACUGCUGCCAGACUCUCUGCCAGAGCAUUGGAGGAAGAGCAGCGCCAGCUGCCAGAACUGCGCAGCCAGGAAUGCAGGAGCCCGCCCGGCCCUGUCGUCUGGAGAAGAUGAUUUACCAUCCCUUCAUCUCCCUCCUCUCACCCUCCUGUCUCCUCCACUACUGCCACCCGGUUCCAUUGCUGUGACGAGAUGGGGGUUUACAGAUGAGGAGUUUUCUUUCACCUGAUUUAUUUAUUAUUUUGUUUUUAACUAGAAAAAUUCAAAGGGACACAGGGUGUGACAGACGCUCUGACAUGGGGUUUGUGCCACUGGGGUUUAGACCAUUAGAUGGCUGGCAGGGAUUUUGGUAUCCCCUGGCCUAGGAAAUGUGUGUGUGUGUUACAGGUGAAAGUACAGGAGCUAGGGACUGGCUUAUUAAAAUCUGCCUAUUAUCAUAAUUAACAUGGCGUGCAGAGCAGGGGUUUGGCAUGUCCUCUUCAAGGCUCCUGUUUUUUUGGGCUCAUUAAUUUAUGAAGCUGUAAAGGAAUAACUGUUACACAUAUGUAUGUGUUAAUGUUAAGCAAGCCUUAGUUUUCCUCUCCCCCUUGCCCUAGUAAUGUCCCUGUGCCCCAGCUGCUGGCAUUUUGUGUUCCUCACCUUGCACAGUGGUUCUGACAGGCACUGGCACUGACCAGAUGAGCACAUUUUGCAUCCAAAGUUAGACGCGAGGUGUCUCUCUUUAUUUUUGUUGGGACACUAGAGUUGUCUUGGUGCUGUCUUUUCUAUGAGAGGAAUGCAGUUGUUUACCUUCAAGUAUAUGGAGUUGGAAGGAGGAGACACAAGGCGGCCUUUUGGCCCGUGCUUUGGCUUAGCUGCUGUUACACUGAGAGCUUGCCCGGGCGUGGUGUUUAAUGACUGAAAACACCUUGCUCUUUGGGACUGUGCUCAGCAAACUGCUCCAAAGGCAACGGUGUUUUUCCCUUCUCCCAGGAUGAGAGCCCUGAAGGAAGGCAGGCAACAUGUCCAUGCCCCCUGGGUGCUGGGCUGGCCUGUGGGAGACAGGAUGGUUGCCAAGCUUGCCACUGGUGUGCUGGCUGCAGGUGAUUUGCAGCACCUCCCUGAGCUUUGGAGGGUAAAAAUAC